GCGGACGCGCGGGGAGGCCAAAAGUUUCUCUGGCCGCCAGGUCCGGCGAGCCGGAGCCGCGAGGUGCGGCGUCGCCGCGGGACGCGCCGGGUCGGCAGCUCUGGGAAGACAGCCGGGAACACACUGCAAAACACUGAAAAAAAAUUCUCAAGUCAGUCCGAGGCGCAGGGGGGCAGGUGUUCAGCUCUCCCAGGCUCCUCGAGGCCUCUGCUAUGACCACAGUUCCCUCGUGGUACCAGGACUGCCCUUUGCUGCCGCAGCCACACCAGAUCCCCGUUCUGCCCUGUCUGUCCUUGGCCCCAAGCCAGCAUGGGUAGUGUCAGUAGCCUCAUCUCUGGCCACAGCUUUCACGGCAAGCACUGCCGGGCUUCACGAUACAAGCUGGGCAAAUCCUCCCAUCUCAAGAAGCUCAAUCGGUAUUCAGAUGGGCUGCUGAGAUUUGGCUUCUCUCAGGACUCAGGCCAUGGCAAGUCCAGCUCCAAAAUGGGAAAGAGUGAAGACUUCUUCUACAUCAAGGUCAGCCAGAAAGCCCGGGGCUCCCACCACCCAGAUUACACUGCACUGUCUAGUGGGGACAUAGGCGGCCAGCCUGGGGUGGACUUUGGCCCGUCCACCCCACCCAAGCUUAUGCCCUUCUCCAAUCAGCUAGAAAUGGGCUCAGAGAAGGGUGCGGCGAGGCCCACAGCAUUCAAGCCCGUGCUGCCGCGGUCAGGAGCCAUCCUCCACUCGUCCCCUGAGAGCUCCAGCCACCAGCUGCACCCUGCCCCUCCAGACAGGCCCAAGGAACAGGAGCCAAAGCCCAGCCUGUGCUCUGGGGCGCUGUCUGACUCCGGCCGGAACUCCAUGUCCAGCCUGCCCACGCACAGCACCAGCAGCAGCUACCAGUUGGACCCACUGGUUACGCCAGUGGGGCCAACCAGCCGUUUUGGGGGCUCAGCCCACAACAUUACCCAGGGCAUCAUCCUCCAGGACAGCAACAUGAUGAGCCUGAAGGCUCUAUCUUUCUCUGAUGGGGGUAGCAAGCUGGCCCACCCAAGCCAGGCGGACAAGGGUUCCUCAUGUGUGCGUUGCCCCAUCUCCACAGACGAGUGCACCAUCCAGGAGCUUGAGCAGAAGCUGCUGGGGAGAGGAGAGCUGCAGAAGCUGCAGUGCAGCCUAGAGGAGAAGGAGCUGCCCUCCAGCCAGGCCUCUGAAGAGCGGCAGUGGCGCUGCAAGGAGGGGCGGGAGGGCCUGGAGCAGAAAGGCAGCAGCAAACUGAAGCAAGCUUCCCAGAAGAGCCAGCGCACGCAGCAGGGGCUGCACCUCCAGGUGCUCCAGCUCCAGCAGGAGAAGCGGCAGCUCCGGCAGGAACUUGAGAGCCUCAUGAAGGAGCAGGACCUGCUGGAGACCAAGCUCAGGUCCUACGAGAAGGAGAAGACCAGCUUCGCCCCCGCGCUAGAAGAGACCCAGUGGGAGGUGUGCCAGAAGUCAGGUGAAAUCUCUCUCCUGAAGCAGCAGCUGAAGGAGUCCCAGACAGAGAUCAAUGCCAAGGCUAGUGAGAUCCUCAGUCUGAAGGCGCAGCUGAAGGACACACGGGGCAAACUGGAAGGCAUGGAGCUGAAGACCCAGGAUUUGGAGAGCGCUCUGCGCACCAAGGGCCUAGAGCUAGAGGUCUGUGAGAAUGAGCUACAGCGCAAGAAAAAUGAGUCUGAGCUUCUCCGAGAGAAGGUGAACCUGCUGGAGCAGGAGCUGCUGGAGCUGCGGGCCCAGGCUGCCCUGCAGCGGGAUGCUGUGUCUAUGGGGCCAGGACUGGGGCCUGGGCCAGGGACUACCUUCUCUGAGGACAUCCCCGCCCUGCAGCGGGAGUUGGAGCGGCUGCGUGCAGAGCUGAAGGAGGAGCGGCAAGGCCACGACCAGAUGUCCUCAGGCUUCCAGCAUGAGCGGCUGGUGUGGAAGGAGGAGAAAGAGAAGGUGAUCCAGUACCAGAAGCAGUUACAGCAGAGCUACCUAGCCAUGUACCAGCGGAACCAGCGCCUGGAGAAGGCUCUGCAGCAACUGGCCCGUGGGGACGGUGCAGGGGAGCCCUUUGAAAUUGACCUUGAAGGGGCCGACAUCCCCUAUGAGGACAUCAUAGCCACUGAGAUCUGAGGGACCUACCGGGAGAGGGAGAGCCAGGGAUCUGGCAUCGGGAGGCAGGGGUACAGAGCCUGUCACGGAGGGCUCCUCUCCCCACUCCCCUGCUCAGUAACUCAGGCCUCUGUGAGAGGCCUUCCCCAAGGCACAGACUGGGAUUCUCCAGGGGAGGGGGGUAGGAAGGACUGCUACAUAACCUUUGCAGUCCUUGCCCACAUUGCAGCAUUUACCAUCCCUGCAGCCCACCAGACCUCUAGCUUUCCUAAGAGAUGGGUUCAGGGAUCUCCAUCAUUUGGUUAAGAGAUCUCUAAACCUUGCCUUUUUGUUCAAAAAUACUUAGACCCUCUCCCAGGGAUGGUGGUAACUGCUGUAUUGGCCGAUGGCCACCCCAGGACAGAAGCUCCCUUCUGCCUCUUCGCACAACCGCUUUUUUUGCCCCUGGACACAUUGGGAUGCCUUGAGAUAGAAAGAAGCCAUCUGUGAUCAUAAACCUUAGAACCUGACCUGGUCAUAACCUGAGCUGUUUUUCUCUGGCCUCGGAGUUGUAGGGGUUGGAUUUUGGUAUGGAGAACCUGGCUUAGCAACAUCAGAGCUGCCCCAACCCUAGAAAGCCACAAAAAGGAGGGGACAUCUGGGGCAGCCCAGGAAUGUCUAGACUUAGCAAAGCCCAGAGGGGGUCAGAGGGAGAACCCAGGUAGUAAUGGCCAGACCCUGCUGGGCCCUGCUAACUGGAGGUAAGCAGCCUUUGGACAGCUGGUAGCCAUUGACCUCAGUGACCACUCUUCUUAAGGCCAUAGACACUG